CAUGCUUCAUCCUCGUGCCAUCAUCGUGACCGGUGCUAACAGAGGCAUUGGACGCGCCAUUUGCGAAACCAUUCUGGCACGGCCGGACGUGGGGCCUCUCCAGUUGCUCGCGACAUCUCGCAAGGGCGAGGACCUCGCACUGAAAACGCAGCAUGGCAACCAGAAGGUCCUGUAUGCCCAACUCGACAUUUCGAAGAGCGAGAGCAUCCGCGCGUUUGGUGCCGAAGUGAAGAAACAUGUGCCGGAAGUAUCGGUGCUGGUCAAUAAUGCGGGAGUCAAUCUCGAUUUUGAACAGCAGUACAAUUUGGAGCAUGCGAAGAAGACGAUCGAUAUCAACUUUCGAGGCACCAUUGAGAUGUGUCAAACCUUUCUCCCGCAACUGAGCAACACGGGCAGGAUUGUGAGCUUGUCCUCGGUCGCCUCGAACAUCAACAUCUACAACGAAGAGAUCCAGAACCGCUUCCGCUCUGCUGCCACAAUUGCAGACCUCGAGCAGAUCGCACAGGACUUCGAGAAUUCCGUCCGAACUUCCACCGAAUCCGCUGCGGGCUUCGGAGGACCUCAACGCAGCUACAAUGUCAGCAAAGCCCUCCUCCGCGCCGCCACACGCAUCCUCUCCCACCAGCAUCGCACAGAAUAUCCCGACUCGCACGUCCUGAUCAAUUGUUGCUGUCCCGGCUGGAUCGAUACCGACAUGGGUGGACUAGUGUCUCGCCGCGGAACACGACCACCCAAAACGGCGGAAGAAGGGGCUCGGAUCCCUGUUCGUCUAGCAUUAGACCAUCUAGGCGGAGUGACGGGAGAGUAUUUGGCUAAUGAGUCUGUAAGGAGUCGUGAUGACGGAGCAGUACAGAGAUGGGAAUGAUGAU